AUACUUGUAGAGGUGGAAAAAAACCGGUUCGGGGAUGGAAACGACAAACCCGACCCGUUCUGGUUUGGGAUUUGCUUAAUUCACCAACUUCAUCUUCACUCAAAUUGUCUUCUUUUUCUGUCAUCCGCUCGUUAUCAUCAUCAACUAUCUGAAUCUGCAGAUUGUAGGAAGAAAUGGGAAGCAGAGUUUUGCUUCUACUAUCCCCUGCAUUUAGGUCUGAUCAUGUUUUGCUCAGUCAGUUUACAAAAUAUGGAUUUCAUCAAACGGUUAGACAGACGGAGAAGAUGGUUAGGGGCGGAGUCCGUAAGUACUCGGUUCAUUCCAGUUUGGAGAGACCUGAUGUGGCCCGUUUAGCAGAAACCGCUCGUAUCUCUCUUACUCCGCAGGAGGCUGAAGAGUUUGCCCCCAAAAUUCAGCAAGUGGUAGACUGGUUUGGGCAACUUCAAGAUGUAGAUCUUCAAAGUGUUGAACCGGCAAUACGUCCAGAUACCGAAGCAGGAAGCUUUCGUGAGGAUAGUCCUGAAACAUUUGACAACAGGGAGGCAAUUAUAGCUGCUAUUCCAAGUUACGAGGAGCCAUACAUUAAAGUUCCAAAAGUCUUGAACAAGGAUUAACACAAUAAGGUUUUCUUGGUGAUUGGUGGUUUCUCUUUUGUGGAAAACCUGGACAUCAAGUGCAUGUGAUUUACUAUUGUUUUGACAUUUUAUUCUUUAUAUUAGGCAUUGUUGGUUUAGAAUUGGAAGUUUUAUUUAGAAGCUAAUUGCUAUUCUACACACUUGAGGAUUAGUUUCGGGUUAAUGCUGCAUCAUCAUCGGUGAUCAAAAGCGGACAAGAGUAGGAGCCAGGAGGAUAACGAAUUUGAGGAAUGGGUGUGUCCCAUCUAUCUCUGUAAUAUGAUUUUCCCAUCCCCUCUUCUAUGAUGUUUGGUUUUCAUAUCGUUUCAUUAAAUCAAUAGAAUCACAGUUUCUUCUUCCUA